CAUUUAUUGAAGAUUCCUUUUAGGCAAUUUGUACCUAGAUAUUCUAGUACUUUUAUGGAUCAGUGUUGCCAAUAAAUUUUUUAUAGUUGGAGCAAUUCAAAUUAAACGGAAAAGUUGUGAUGAGAUGAAAGGGAGCACAGUGGUUUGUUUUUCGAAGGAAAACGUUUCGCUGUUAUAAAAUUCUUUUAUAUUGCACGUAAAAUAUUUAUUGUAUACGAUUAAACCACAGUUGUGGAUGACUUGAAGAAAAUGGCUGGUAUAUUCAAUUUAUUUGGCAGUACAUCGGAUCUCAACAGAGGUCGGGUUGUAAAGCCAUUGUCAAGAUCAAAAACAACUCUUGGAAUUACUGGACCUUCUACAAAAUCUCUUAAUCAACCAAAACCAAAAGGAUUGUCUAUUAGAACUAAUUCUGAUGUAAAUGUGUCUACUACAUCAAAUUUGAAUCAGGAUGCAUUUAAUAAAGAUCAAGAUUAUUUGAAGCCAAAAUUAACACAGUUAGACAAUAACGAACGUCCCAUAUCACCACGCAAAGAGUUGCUGAAGGCACAAAGCAUUCAAUUUGAUAAAAUAAAUACUUCAUCUCCAAAGAAAAUAUUAGACAAACAACAUAUAAAAGUACAAAAAGCAUUUGAAGUACAAGUUCGAUGUGAAGAAGUUGCUUUUAAGAAACCAUUCACACCAAAGAAACCGAUGGAGUUGUAUCCUGAACCAGAAAGAUUGGCAUAUUAUUAUGAUAUGCAGUUUGAAUUUGAUGAUAUCUAUUCAAAAGCUAUAGAAAAUGAGUUCAAGGAAUUAUUGCGGAAGAAGAGUGAAGUGCAACCUUAUGAAGAUGAAGGAUUUGAUUCAGAUCCAGAACCACUCGAAUAUGAGUUACCAACAUCAUGUGUAACACCAAAGUCAGAUGAUGAUGAGUGGAAGGAUAGUUUAACACUCGAUUUACCAGAAUUAUCAGAUGAUGACUUAUUCUAAUUUACUACCAUAAUCCCUAUUAGUCUAUAACGUUCUUUAUUACAAAAUAUACGUUAAAAAUAUAUAAUUAUAUUAGGAAUUUAAUGAAAAAUAUUUAUUUUUGUACGUAAUUAAUUUAUCUUUAUAA